UUGUGUUGCCUGUAGCAACCUGGACACGGUAUUAUGGCGGUCGUAAACUAUUCUUCCACACGUUAUGUUUAGCCACUUUUGGCGCACACCACGUCUGAAACACUAUUGAUCCCAUGGCGAUAAGAGUGGAACUAGAUCAAUUAUUGAAUCUUUCCCUGGGUACUCCCGAGCUCGGAGCAGUAAACUUCAACAUUCUUCAUGGAGUAUUACGAGAGAUUCUCAGUCAUCUAGGUAUAGAAAAGAAAGAAAAAGAAAUCGAAGAUAAUGGGCAUUUCAAAGCAGCAUUUUCACUACUUAAAACCAAACAAGAAAGUCUCCAAAAUGGGGAUAAAGGUGAAGAUGUCGAACGCUCUACUGGAGGAAGAGGAAAUACCGAUAAAAUACCUUUCCCUGUUGCCGCAUUAUCUGCACCAUUUCAGAGUAGUUUGGAGUCUAAAGUAGCGAGUAUCGAGAAAAGGUUGGACGUUUUGGACGAUUUGCCUAGUAACGCCGAAAUUCUUCAACGUGCUAAGCAAAAGAAGGAUGGUAGAACACCUGUUGGUGAUAUGUGGCAAUUUAUAAACAUCAACAGGAGACUUGGUGCCACCGAAACUGGCAUUGAUAAGCUUACCAGUCUUUUAGACACUAUGAUGAAAGAAGUAAGUGAUGUCAAGGAAACUGCUGCAGAAAUUGAUGAGUUAAAGAAUAAGUUAGCAAAGUUGGAAAAACUGAAUUCAAGUUUGAGUGAAAGAAUUUCAGCUUUGGAGAGUGUAGACAACUCAGAGGAAAGAAAGAAAAUGGAAGAUUUGCUGAAGGAGAUGCAAAAUCUGAAGAAGCAAGUCGAUGGACUUCCUACCAUGGAUGAUCUCAACAAUUUGGAUAUUUAUGUCAAAUGGCCUCAGCUUGAAGAAGCUUUAAAUGCUAGAAGGAGUCGCACUCCAUCUGCAAAGUCUAGAGCUUCAACCCCCAAAGCAAGAACCCCCACUCCCCCACCACCAAGGACACCCAGUCCUCCUCACCCCUCCCCUGAGGCACUGGAAGCAUUGAGGCAAAUAGGAGAGCUAAUGGAUAAACAUGAAGUGCUUGUUGAACAAGUGGAUACUUUAGAGGAACAAAUGCCUAAAAAGGCUAACCUUGAGGAUAUGGAAGAACUGAGGAAAAGACCUGAUGUUCCAGAUGAUAUUCUGGAUCAACUUAAGCUGUUAAAGGAUGGACUUGAUGCAAUAAAUAGAUGGAAAGAGGAGAAAACCAUUCCAGCUGACCUGGAAUCUCAAUUAGCAUCUCUGAGGGAAGGACUGUCAUUACUCAACAAUAACAAGCAACAGAUUGAAAGCAUGAAAGAACAGCUCCAAAGUCUGAAGAAAGUGUCUGAUAUGCUGAGCUACCACAAUGAAAAGCUUCCAAUGAUUCCUGAUGAUUUAUUGGACCAACUUAAUAAGCUUAAGUACUUGGAAAAGACCGUCACUCAAAUGAAAGAGUUAAACGAUCAGUUACCGUCAAGGCUGCAGCGCAUUGAAGAUCGACUAAAAGAAGAUACCGAACGUGAAAUCAGGACUUUAAGAGAUGGUCUCCGCCUACUUAACAACCAAUUAGAAAAGUACAAGAAGACGAGAGAAACAACUCCUAAUAGUGCGUCUUCUGGGAAAGGACAGGAUGGUGACGCGCUCAGUGCUUUAAGGAGCAUGCUAACUGAACUACAAGGAGAACAGGAAAAACUGAACAGUACCACAAAAGAACUUAUAGAGGAACACAACAGGAAACAGAAACAUAUUGACGCUUUGUACACGUACGCUGACAGAUUACAAGAGGUUAAAGCUGACAAAGAACAGGUUGCCAUGGAAAUGGACGUGAAAGACGAUAAACGUUCAUUGGAUAACUUAAUAAGUCGGAGCAAAUUUGACCAGAGUAUAGGUGGCUUGGAACAGUCACUACAGGAGCUCUUAAAUCGACUGGACGGACAGGAAUCAUCAUUAACCGAUGCCUUGGCUCGACUUGCAAGCGACAUUGAUCAGAAACUUGAUAGAUUGGAACUGGAUCCACUGAAGGAUUACUUUGAAAAAAAGAUGAAAAGCAUGAAGUGUAAACACGUUGAUUUACCGUUAUCCGAUGAUCCAGCUGCUGGAUUCCGCAAGGCGUUGCUCAGAUUCCAUUGUAUUUCCUGUGACAGACCUGUUGACAUGAUACCCGGCCACCCCAAUCCAGCUCUUCCUCAGACUCCUGGUCUUCCUCCAUCCCGGUCAGGCCGCCCUUACACUACUUUUGAACUUGAUCAAAUACGUCAGAUGCAUCGAGGUGGAUACACUUACGAGCAAGAAGUGGCCACAACGACAGCUCGAGCUUGUGGAGGAAGUCAUACAGUGACAUUUCCACACAGAAGGACAGCCAGAUUCAACCAAUACUAUUACUACAGAGAAGAUGACACACCAGUCCCAAUUCCUCCGAGGGAUGAAACGGAGCUGAUUGGUCAGGAUGGACAUAUCUACAAAGGACGUUUUGAUGGAAACAUGGGUGGAGUGCCUGAGUUGCCACCGCAGAAUCCUAAAUCUCCAAGAGCCAUGUCGGCGAAAAGAGCUUCUAGUCCUCAGCCUCCUCGCAAUGGCAGUCCAAUAAGUAGGCGUCCACGGUCUGCUGCGGUGCCAACUUCACCAAGGAACCAAGAAGAGGAGGUGGAACCUGCAAGGGUUGUUGUUCAGUGAAAAAGGAUGGAAGCUCUAUAUUAUUAAUAUAAAGUUAUACACUGUGAUAUUUAAUUCAGAGACAGGACGGAGGAUCCUGUCUAUGUGAUUGGCCUUUUGAUUUUAUGCAAACUUUGACUGAGUCUUUACAAGAAAGAGGUAAAAAAAACGCAUUCGA